AUGCGUCUACGUAUUGCUGUAGAUAUUGCGGGAGCCCUUUCCUACCUCCACUCAGCGGCAUCAUUUCCAAUUUAUCACAGAGACAUCAAAUCCACAAACAUAAUGUUGGACGAGAAAUAUCGUGCCAAAGUGUCUGACUUUGGAACUUCAAGAUCGGUAACCAUAGACCAUACGCAUCUCACAACUCUAGUUGCAGGUACAGUAGGUUAUGUAGAUCCGGAGUAUUUUCAAUCAAGCCAAUUUACAGACAAGAUCGAUGUUUAUAGCUUCGGAGUUGUGCUUGUGGAGCUCAUCACAGGGGAGAAACCAAUUUCUUUUUUGAGGUCUGACGAAAACAAAACUUUGGCAACUUAUUUCAUUCUUGCAAUGAAAGAUUCCAAGCUUUCCAGCAUUAUUGAUGCUCGAAUCAAAGAUAACAGCAACAUGGAACAAGUCACUGCGGUGGCAAAGCUCGCGAGGAGGUGUCUUAACUUGAAUGAGAAUAAACGGCCAAAUAUGAGAGAAGUCUCAACGGAAUUGGAGAGGAUUCGAAAUUCACAAGUCCAACUUCAUAACGAGGAAGAUGAUGACGCCAUGGAGAUCAUCAACAUAGGGGAUCCUUGGAACAUUCUUACUGAUUCUUCAUCCAACAUCACCACCACAUCUUCAUAUCGUCGAAACAUUUUAUGA